AUGCAGUCCCUAUUCAAUUUUGCAUUGAUUUUUUCAUUCAUAGCAUGCGUAAUCAAUGCUUUGCACAUUGAGGUUCCUGCAGUGCCACGUCCUGAACCAGUUUGUAUUCGUGAUUUCGUUCAGGAAAAUCAAAUGGUUGUGGUUAAUAUCAACACCGAUGGGUACAAAGGAGAUGGACAAAGAUUGGAUUUGACCAUUGUUGACUCGGUGGGUAACCUGUAUGCCACAAGAAAAGAUAUUGUUGGUAAAAUCAAGAUUGCAUUCACUUCUCAUAAUAAUGCUGCCAUUGAUAUUUGCUUUUACAACUACCAAGAACAACAGUGGAAGAAACAUGGCUCAAGAGAAGCUUCUGUAAGGUUGAUUGAGUUAGAAGUGGAAAGUGGAGCUGCUGCAAGAGAUUGGAACGCUUUACAAGCUAGUGAAAAAUUGAAACCAGUGGAGGUAGAGUUGAAAAAGGUUGAGAGUUUGACUGGUGAAAUUGUUCAAGAAUUGCAAUAUUUGAAGAGGAGAGAGGAGAGAAUGAGAGACACAAAUGAGUCGACAAACUCAAGGGUCAAAUGGUUCUCUAUCAUUGUCAUAUUCUCAUUGGUUGGAUUUGGAGUCUGGCAAAUUCAAUACUUGAGACACUAUUUCAAAGUGAAACAUAUUAUCUAG